AUGCGUGUUCUAAUGACAGCUAGGGCGCACAGGGAGUCCAUGAAGGACAGGGAGGCUAGGGAGCUCAGGGAGAUUCAGCAGGAGGCAGUCAAACUGCGACAAGUCGAGCAGGAGGAAGCCAAUCAGCGAGGAGUCAAGCAGCAGGAAGCCAAUCAGCAGGAGGUCAAUCAGCAGGAGGUCAAGCAGCAGGAGGCCAAGCAGCCAGAGGUCAAGCAGGAAGUCAAGCAGCAGGAGGUCAAGCAGCAAGAGGUCAAGCAGGAAGUCAAACAGGAGGCCAAUCUGGAAACAGAUGGCAUGAAUCAAAUGGUGCCUCUGAUGAACUCUGCCACCAAGAGAAAGUAUGAACAGGAAGAGGAAACCGACACCGGUCGCAUGUUUGAAUUCGAGGGAUCCGUAACUCCAGCCCCCAAGAGGCAGAAGCGCUCUGAGAGCGAGUCAACCGGUUCCAUCUACGUCCAUCCGGCCGUAUACGGACCACCAGACUCCGAGGACAUGCAAUACAACAUUAUGCGGUGGUUGGAUAAAAUGGAAGAAUUGGGCCAAAUGGUCGAGGAUGAAGUCGACAACCUGAUCGAACUGAGGACCAGGGAGUUGGACAGCCUGCUUAAACGUGCCAAAGAGAGUAAGCGGAGAGUGAGAAAGAUUAGGAAGGCUAGCGCGCGUGCUAGGUUGGUUCUGGAUGAGUGA